UUUUCUCCCCACACCUUUCCCCCUCCCCGCGGUCCUCCGCGACAGGAUCCCUUGCCAUUUUCUGGGUCACCAAAACCAUCGAUGCGCUAACGACAUGCAAAGAUUCUCAGUCCCAACUAGCCAGUUCAAGAUGGGGUCGGAAGAUAUUCACGAGAGGGAAAAGGAGAUAGUGGCUUCAGUCCGACCGCCUCAUCAGCGUCGACUGAGUCCGUUCGUUAUCGCUGGUCGUGCCGAAGAGAAACAGCUGGGGAUAUCGACUCGUCGGUUGAACGUCAAUGACUUCGCACUGUUGAAGACACUGGGCACAGGCACAUUCGCUCGGGUGUGGUUAGUGAAGUUGAACGACGAAAGGCAACGCAAGAACAGGGUUUACGCUCUCAAGAUACUCCGAAAGGCAGAUGUGAUCAAGCUGAAGCAAGUCGAGCAUGUCCGCAACGAACGGAAGACUCUCGCAGAUGUUUCCGGCCAUCCCUUCAUCACGACGUUGAUUGCCUCCUUUUCCGAUGAUCAGAAUCUAUAUAUGUUGUUGGACUAUUGCCCUGGAGGCGAGAUAUUCAGCUACCUACGACGCGCGCGACGCUUCAACGAGAAUACAUCCAAAUUCUACGCGGCCGAGAUAGCGUUAACCAUCGAGUUUCUCCAUGACGUGGAGGGAGUUGUUUAUCGAGACCUUAAGCCGGAGAAUAUCCUGCUUGAUGCCGAGGGUCAUAUCAAGCUAGUCGACUUUGGGUUCGCAAAACAGGUUGGCGACCAUGAGACCUAUACUCUGUGUGGUACUCCUGAGUAUCUCGCCCCGGAAGUCAUUCAUAACAGCGGCCACGGCCUUGCCGUAGACUGGUGGGCUCUAGGUAUCCUAAUAUACGAGUUCCUUGUGGGACAGCCGCCAUUCUGGGACCAAAACCCGAUGCGCAUAUACGAGCAGAUCGUCGAGGGUCACAUACGUUAUCCUCAGAACAUGUCGCCCGCAGCCCAGAACAUCAUAUCGUUGCUGUGCAAGACCAACCCGACUGAGCGGUUGGGCUACAUCUCCGGGGGCUCAGCCCGAGUCAAGACGCAUCCCUUUUUCGAAGACAUCAACUGGGAUGACCUGUUCUACCGCCGCAUCAAGGGACCCAUCAUCCCUCGAGUCGAUCAUCCUGCGGACACUGGAAACUUUGAAGAAUAUCCAGAUCCGGAUGUGAAGAAUCAGAGUCUUUACACCGAUGAUUUGAGAGACAAGUACGAGGCACUUUUUGCUGAUUUUUGAUCGCUUAGCCGCUUUUGAAUGCUCUUAUGUCAGGCCACUCUUUGUCGUCCCGGCGACGACCGCACAUGCGUUCCAAGUGCAACCGCUGGUGACAUCUACCAUAAAUCCUCCACCCUACCAUGACAGGCUUGAAGCCGUCUAUGGUGGCAGACUUUUGCCUUGCUCGCAAUACACCCCGCGAAGCCUUGCAGCGAUUACGGCACUUUGUCUUAGUCUUCAGCGAAGAGCUCUACGCCCGUACUAUACUAUCUACUGCGUCCUGCGACGCACCACAAUAUCGCGCGUGAUGUCUAG